AUGGACAGUGACUGUGACAUUCCCCAGGACAUGGGGUCAUUGUUCUCUCCUCUUGCCAUUGCCAUGAUCACCCUGGGACUGCAGUGGCCACAACAAGCUGCCACCUUCCCGGCCAUACCUCUUUCCAGCCUGUUUGCCAAUGCUGUGCUGAGGGCUCAGCACCUUCACCUCCUGGCUGCUGAGACAUACAAGGAGUUUGAACGCACCUAUAUUCCAGAGGACCAAAGACACACAAACAAGAAUUCCCAGGCAGCAUUUUGUUACUCGGAAACCAUCCCUGCUCCCACGAAGAAGGAUGAUGCCCAGCAGAAAUCAGACAUCGAGCUUCUUCAGUUUUCCCUUGUUCUCAUCCAGUCCUGGCUGACCCCGGUGCAGUACCUAAGCAAGAUGUUCACAAACAAUUUGGUUUUUGGCACCUCAGACAGAGUGUAUGAAAAACUAAAGGACCUGGAAGAAGGGAUCCAGGCUCUGAUGAGGCAUCUGCAGGACCAAAGCCCAUGGGGUUCCCAGAUCCUCAAAGCCACUUAUGAGAAAUUUGACAUCCACCUGCGCAGUGAGGAUGCACUGCUGCAGAACUAUGGCUUGCUCUCCUGCUUCAAGAAGGACCUGCACAAGGUGGAGACCUACCUGAAGGUGAUGAAGUGCCGGCACUAUGGAGAGGGGAACUGCACCAUUUGA